CAGAAUGAAGACCGCGCGCGUCGCCGUGCUCGCCCUGCUGGCCGCAGGGUUAAUCUCCGCGGAAAUCCAGAACCUGGACCUGCUGCGCCUGCUAAUGGAGCGGCCGAUGCUCAGCGGACACAACCGCUUCGACCGCGGACCCUCCAUCGAGGACCGCGGCGACCAGCUCUGGCAUCGGAAGUAUGGGGAGGACCACGGAUAUAGUGACGACUUGAGCGGCACACCGACGAAGCGUUCGGCGGUGGCGACGGCACUGAACGCCGGGCGUCCGCGCCGGCAGCCCGCGCCCGCGCUCGGUAUCCUGAACGACAUGGAGAACUUCUUCGAGUCGCUCCGCGGCAACCUGGCCCUGCAGGCUUCGUUGUCACCCGACGAGCGCGCCCACUUCUACGAGCCGCCGACUGUCGUGCAACCUCCCUCCUCAGGAGGCGGCGGCGGGAGCGGGAUGCGGAAACUGCAUGCGCUCCGGCCCCUCCGACCCACGGGCAACAUCAGAUCUUACAACCGCAGAUCCUUGGUGGAAGACCACAUAUACCCCGGCGCGAACCGGCACGACCCGGGUUUGCUGUGGGCGGGGCUUGGCCGGUAGACGUAUACACAACAACCGGCCCAUGGUCUGUGGACGGAACCAGUUCUUCGGCCCGCUCUGUCCCCCGUUUCGGAAGCCGCCCCAAGUGAUUAUACGCUCUGUAAGAACGCCUGACACGAUGCCGAUUUUUCCGU